GUGAUAUCCAGCUUAAUGAUUUGUAUUUGCCUACCAACGCCAUAACAAAAAUUCCCUCUUCUGCAUAUUCGAGGACUAGGAAGGCGAUCAGCUUCGUAAAUUGAGGAAGGGCCAUGUCCCUGACCUCUCGUGUUGCCAACCUGUUUUCCUUCGGAUCAGCAGGUUCGCCAGCAGAAAAUCGCAACGAAUUUGGGAUUGUUGAUAAUGGAGUGGAAGAGGACGUCAAUGUUAGAGUUGGAAACGGGCUACUCAGGUCGAAAAACAUGGCACAGGAAGAGGUCGAAGGAGAGGGACGCCCGUCAUAUUUACAUGUGAGAUUUGUAGAUUUUGGUCCACAGGAAAGUUACUGAUUGUUUGUAGGCCAUGAUUGCGGGAGGAAUUGGGGGAACCACGGGGGAUCUUCUCAUGCACUCUUUGGAUACGGUCAAAACUCGUCAACAAGGCGAUCCACAUGUUCCGCCGAAGUACACCAAAUUAUCGUCUUCAUAUUCUACGAUUUUGCGACAAGAAGGAAUACGGAGAGGGCUAUAUGGAGGAUGGGUUCCUGCUCUUCUUGGAUCUUUUCCUGGCACAAUUAUAUUCUUUGGAACAUAUGAGUACAGUAAGAGGCAUCUGAUAGAUAAUGGCAUUUCACCAUGGUUUGCCUAUUUAUCCAGUGGUAUGUAUGAGAAAUCUAGGUUUAAUUCACAUCAUUCUAAUGACCCCAGGUUUUGUCGCCGACUUUGCAGCCUCGUUCAUAUACGUACCUUCCGAAGUCCUCAAAACUCGUCUACAACUCCAAGGUCGAUACAAUAAUCCAUUUUUCAACUCUGGCUACAAUUACAAAAACACGGCACAUGCUGCCAGAACAAUAGUUAAGCAAGAAGGGUUCUCGGCCCUAUUUUACGGUUACAGAGCAACAAUCGUUCGAGACCUACCGUUUUCGGCAUUACAAUUCGCAUUUUACGAGCAAGGUCAAACAUGGGCAAGAAAAUGGAAGGAAAGCCGAGAUAUUGGAUUGCCAUUGGAACUCGUAACAGGAGCGGCAGCUGGUGGUUUGGCUGGGGUAAUUACAUGUCCUCUGGAUGUUGUGAAAACAAGGAUCCAAACUCAAGUCAUUUCCGAGCCAGAGUCUACUUUCAAGCAGGCAUCAAAAUCUACGAAAACCGCUUCCACUAAAUCUACCCGUGCGAAGCCAACAUCUACAAAACCUACAAAACCUACAAAGCACCAGAUUAGAUCGAUAUCCACGUCAUCCCCUUCCACGCAUACCCCGCGUCCUGGUAGCAUUAUUCUCGAUACCUCUUCCGUCCCCACUGGACUCAAACUUAUCUAUAAGACGGAAGGCAUAGCAGGCUUGUUUCGGGGAGUAGGGCCUAGAUUUGUGUGGACAAGUACGCAAAGUAGUUGCAUGUUGGUAUUAUACCAAUACAUCUUAAAGCGGCUGGAAAGCUCAAACUUGCAACGGGAUCAAGAAUCGAUUGUAUAAUGGUAAGGACAGAGGGGAACAUAAGGAAUCAUAAAUGAUAGGGCAAUGUAGGAUUAUGUACAGCAAAAGUAUUAUGGUUGCAUUGGGCGGCGUUUUGGGAAGUCUUGAGAUUAGACGAAUAGAUGAUCUUCACUUUUGUAUAUUGGUUCAUGGAGGUUGGUAAGUUUGUGUUGUGAGCACGAAGGAAAUGAUGUUAAACGAACGGAAUGGCUUUCUCGACUUGUCCUACCUACCCAAUCGUACUCGGCAAUAUCCAUUUGGCUGUGCAUGCAUGCAGCAUGAGGUACGACAUUUAUCUUGGCUUUCAUUCGUUCUAAAUUCUUCAGGGCCGGCCUAUGUCUAUCUAGGCACAAUUUCGACGUCGAUCAACAUCGCAGUACUAUUUUACGGUCCCAAUACCUGAUCUCAUCCAAUUAUCAAGAAGAUUCAAAGUUAAUCCACCUAGGAAACCUUGGAAUAGAUUUCGACGCUAAUCCCCCCCACUUAGGCCCUUCUACUCUCGCUGGAAUCCUCACUAGCUCACGGAAUACGAAAGCCCAUGACUUCAUUCGUAUAACACAUUACAAGCAAGCAUCAAGCAUCAAGCAUCCUUGAGCAUUUCGAGUAAGUUGUACGG